UGACGUGGCCCCGUUGCCAAGGUGGCGAUGGUCGCCAUGGCAACCGGUGUUGACAAACUGGAGCCGUGGAGACGACGCCGCUCCAACGGCGCCGCUCGCUUCUCUGCCGCAACGCAGCGUCUCGACUCCAUCUCCCUGGCGAUGCCCCUGGCCAUGGAGGUGAUGAGAGGAGGCAGCAGCAGCAGCGGCAGGAGUGGAGAUGGCGCUAUGACCCAGGGCUUCACCGUGAAGGCGAGGAUGAAGAACGCCGUGGUGUUGGGCCCCCCGUCGGCGGGCGCGUUCCGCGAGCGCCCCUCCAAGCCGACGGCGUUUCGCAAGUUUUACGAGCGGGGAGACUUCCCCAUCGCCCUGGAGCACGACACCAAGGGCAACCGCAUCGCGUGGAAGGUGGAGAUUGAGAAGUUGGACUACCACCACUACCUGCCGCUCUUCUUCGACGGCCUCUGCGAGACGGCGCACCCCUACGAGUUCUUUGCACGCCAGGGUGUGCACGACCUCCUGGAGCACGGCGCCGCCAAGGUCCUCCCCGUCAUCCCGCAACUCAUCAUCCCCGUCAAGAAUGCGCUGAACACGCGCAACACGCAGGUGAUGUGCACGUCGCUCAAGGUGCUGCAGCACCUGGUGCUGUCGGCCGACAUGGUGGGUGAGGCGCUGGUGCCCUACUACCGCCAGAUUUUGCCCAUCCUCAACAUCUUCAAGAACAAGAACCGGAACUCUGGCGACGAGAUCGACUACAGCCAGCAGAAGCGCGAGAACGUGGGCGAGCUGAUCGAGGAGACGCUGGAGACGCUGGAGCGCCACGGCGGCGAGGAUGCCUUCAUCAACAUCAAGUACAUGGUGCCCACCUACGAGUCCUGCCUGCUCAACUAGCCGGGACCCCAACCCAACCAGCCGGGCCUCUCCCCCCCCCCCCCCUCAACCAGUCGCCCCCCCCACCCCCCCCUCAACCAGUCGCCCCCCCCCCCACCCCCCCCUCAACGAGCCCGGCCCCCCACUCAACUACCCGGGCCCCCCACUCAGCUUGCCCAGCCUCCCGCGACUGGCCCAACCCCCUCUCCCGCCGCUCUACUGAGAUGGUUUAAAUAAAGUUUUUCA